GAUCAGAGGUUUUCUCAUGUCUUCCAUUUUCCUUCACUUUCCCAAUAACCAAACAGACCCAAGAAUUUUUCUUCCCAGUGAAGCAACGGCUUUAUUCUCCUCUACUUCCCCAGAAAGCAAAACCCAUGAAACCAAGUUAAUCUGAAAACCCUGCAAAAUUUCGGCGAUGGAUUUCAACGAACUGGAGGCGAUGGAGGGUCUGCGGUGGUCGUGGCACUCAUGGCCGACGACCAAAACCGAUGCCACAUCCCUCAUCAUCCCGCUGUCUGUUAUGUGCACUCCGUUAAUGCAAUCCGCCGAGCUCCCGCUCCUGCCUUACGAUCCCCUUCUCUGCUCUCACUGCAGCGCCGUUUUGAACCCCUUUGCCCGCGUCGACUACACCACCCGCAUCUGGUCCUGUCCAUUCUGCUUCCACAGGAAUCCCUUUCCCCGCUCCUACUCCAACCUCGGCGAAUCCAGCCUCCCGGCCGAACUCUUCCCCACCUACAACUCAGUCGAGUACGCUAAAAACAACUAUAACGUUAAUUCCGGUGGAGGUGUGGGGUUGUCAAGGUCGUCCUCUUCGUUGAUGUCAAUGUCAUCGGUAGUAUCGACGCCACGGGAAGCGAGAGGGUUAGUAGGGCCGGCAUUUGUUUUUGUGUUGGAUGCGUGUAUGGAGGAGGAGGAGCUGAGAGCAGUUAAGAGGGAGUUGCUGCUUAUAGUAGAGCAGCUUCCAGAGAACGCAUUGGUGGGUUUGGUUGCUUUUGAUGCCAUGGUGAAGGUAUAUGAUCUUGGGUUUUCCGACUGUUCCAGGGUCGUCCUAUUCCCUGGCGAAAGGGAGCUGUCUUCAGAGCAGGUACGCACAUUUCUUGGUAUUGAUGGUACAAAGCAACAGCAACUUGCAAAGAAUCCAUUUCUCCGAAAUCAAAGUUUUUUGCUACCUGUUUCUGAAUGUGAAUUCAACAUCACAACUGCAAUUGAGGAGCUCUAUUGUUCUAUGAGGGUUGUGCCAGGCCAUCGCCCUCAAAGAGCAACUGGAGCGGCAAUAUCAACUGCACUUGGACUUCUAGAAGGUUGCUUAUGUAACACAGGUGCUAGGAUCAUGGUCUUCACAUCUGGACCUGCAACUCUAGGUCCUGGAAUCAUUGUAGACUCUGAUCUCCGUAUUGCCAUUAGAAAUCACAGAGAACUCAUCAAUGGUCACGCACCUUACUACAGAAAGUCUUGCAGCUUUUAUAAGAGAUUGGUGCAGAGAUUAUCUGAUUCAUCCGUUAUUCUUGAUCUGUUUGCAUCCUCUCUUGAUCAAGUUGGAGUGGCGGAGCUAAAAGCUCCUGUUGAGAGUUCAGGUGGCUUCAUGAUGCUUGGGGAAUUAUUUGAGUCGGAUCAAUUCAGAAAAUGCAUGCGGCAUAUAUUUAGUCAUGAUCAAGAGGGCAAUUUGCAGAUGUUUUUUGAUGCAACCAUUGAGAUAGUGACCACUAAAGAUGUGAAAAUUUGUGGAGCUCUUGGACCUUGUGUUUCUCUUCAGAGAAAGAACAGUUCAGUGAGUAACAAUGUAAUUGGGGAAGGUGGUACCCAUCUAUGGAAGUUGUGCACACUGACAAACAAAACAUGCUUUGCUUUUUUCUUCCAAGUGGCAGAUGAGCAGAAGCCUCAACCUGGAUCUGUGUUUCUAGUACAAUUUAUAACCCGUUAUCAACAUGGGAGCAUGGGGAUCCGGAAGAGAGUGACAACUACUGCUAGAAGAUGGGUUGCAAAGCAGUCACCAGAAAUUGCGGCUGGCUUUGAUCAAGAAGCAGCUGCUUCAAUCAUGGCAAGACUUGCCAUCCACCGAGCAGAAACCUGCACUGCUACAGAUGUUGUCAGAUGGUUGGACGACACACUUGUACGUUUUGCUUCAAAGUUUGGAGACUAUGUGCAAGAAGAUCCAUCAUCUUUCCGCCUUUCCUCAAAAUUCUCUCUUUAUCCUCAGUUUAUGUUCUAUUUGAGGAGGUCACAAUUUAUUGAUGUUUUUAACACAACUCCUGAUGAGACUGCAUUUUUCCGGUUGAUGCUCAAUCGCGAAGGAGUAAUGGACUCUAUUGUCAUGAUUCAACCUACACUUCUACAGUAUUCAUUUGAUGGGCCUCCGGUUCCAGUUCUCUUAGAUGUUCGCUCCAUAUCUCCGGAUGUCAUUUUACUGUUUGAUUCUUUCUUUUGUGUGGUUAUUCAUUAUGGAUCUAAGAUUGCUCAAUGGAGGAAGCUUGGUUAUGACAAAGACCCAAAUCAUGAGAAUCUGAGAAAGUUAUUGGAAGCCCCAGUGCUAGAUGCAGAACAAUUGACGGCAGAUCGAAUUCCAGCACCAAAGCUUAUAAAAUGUGACCAGCAUAGUAGUCAGGCAAGAUUCCUUCUUGCCAAGCUGAAUCCAUCUGUAACUCAGGAUUCAACCUACACAGAAGGAUCAGAUAUCAUAUUUACUGAUGAUUUGAGCUUACAAGUUUUCAUAAACCACUUGCAGGCUCUUGCAGUGCAGUCAUAAAAUGACUGCAAUUUUGUAUAGGAUUUUUAUUUCAAAGGCAGUAAUAGAGAGAAGAACAAGAAAAGGGAAAACUGGAAACCAUCCUCUGUGCAUUGCUUCCUUGGGUAAAGGAUGUUAUAUUAUUAUCCAAAAGUUGGCAGGUACAUCCUCAUACAUUUUUCUGCUUUCAAAUUUUGAAAUGAGAGCUAUAUAGAUUGUAGUUUUGGUCUUCUUGUAUGGCUACUUAAAGUCGAUGGAAGGCAGCUUGGGUUCUAUGUUAUGACCAAAAUCGCAGUCGCUUCAUUGUAGUUUACCGGCCAGGAGAUUCCUGUGGAACCUGUGUUCUGUUAUGAGUUACAGAGUGUAUGACUGUUUUUCUGCAUUUUGUAUGAUAUGAUGAAAAUGAAGAAAGUUUGAGCUUUAAG